GACACGGUCGCCCUCGCGCUCCAGCCCGAGCUCCACCGGGGCCGCACCGUCGUCAUCUCCCAGAAGGCGCAGAACGCGCUCACGUCGGCGUCGCACGCGAGCAAGGCCUGGCGCCUGUCCUGGAAGACGGAGGCGCGCUGGAGCAACCCGCUCAUGGGCUGGACGUCGACGGCGGACCCCCUGGGCAACGCGGAGCUCAAGUUCGAGACCGCCGAGGCCGCGGAGCGCUUCGCGGCCAAGCACGGCUGGGCCUACGAGACGUCGGUUCCGAUCGCGCGCGACAAGCGCUACGGCACGAAC